GCAUCUCGCGCCAUUCCCAGCCCAAAAAUGCCAAGCUGCGCGACGAGCACGAGGAUCAGAUGCCCGAGCACGAGCACGAGCAACUUUCAGCCACCGAUGAGAACAUCGCGGCCAAUGUGCAACAGCAGCAUCAGCUUUCGGUGCAUCGGCUGCCGGUGCAGCUGCGCAACAAAAUCCCGGGCAAUACGCCGCAUCCGCGUGUCAGCAAAAUGUCCAAAAAACAGCUAAAGCUUGCCCAGGCACAGCUGGACAAGCUGACCCAAAGCAAUCUCCACUUGCACGCUCUCUUCUCCGCCGUGGAGCACGGACAUCUGGAUAAGGCUCGCACCAUACUCGAAUCCACCGACGUGGAUGUCAAUAGCAUCAAUACGGAUGGACUCUCAGCGCUGGAUGUGGCCGUGCUGAGCAACAAUCGCUCCAUGACCAAAAUGCUGCUGCAGCAUGGCGCCCUGGAGGGUACUCAAUUUUCCGUGGACAGCAUUGGCACCAAACUGAACGGCCUGCUCAAGGACGCCGAGUCACGCAUACACGAUCUCAGCGGACCGGAGGGACUGUGUGCGCCCGUCUUUACAUCGAGACCCUCCAUAUCCAGCAUUAUAAUUGGCAAUACGGGCUCCUCGGUUACCGGCUGCACGGGCAACGAGGUGGACAAACAGAUUGGCAUUUGGGAGCGACGCGUCAAGGGGCUGCGACGCAUGCUUCUUGGCUGGGACCAGGCGCGACCACCAGAUGCACCCGCCUCCGUUGUAGUCGAUGUAACCGGCGACAAUUCCAUUAGCUUGCAAAUACUCGAACCCUUUGAGGGCGCCAUCGGCACCAAAUUCAAAGUUCAAUGGUCAACACGCGCCGACUUCAACAAUGUAGUGGGCGAGCGGGAACUGCUCGAGUGGAUUAGUUUCCAUGGCACCAUGGGCGCCCAGUGUCACAUAGCUGGCCUCACCCAGGGCCGCCGCUACUUCCUGCGCGCCGCCUGCGGCAAUGUCAAGGGUUGGGGCGCCUAUCGCAACUCGGUGCCCGCCAGCGUUGUGCCCUCAACCUGGCGUGACUUGGAUAAUCGGGAGGAUCGUUUCUAUGGCCGCCAAUGCAUAUUGGACAAUCUGUUUACGGCCGUACGUUCGGCUCGACCCGCAGAUGUUUCAGAGCUAACGCUCGAUCCGUGCAGCGUGCAGCGUCGCAAUCCGAAGAAAAAGACGACCAUCAAGCAGCUUUUCUCAGUCACCUCCAAGUUCCAGAAGACGCUGCGACGCGGCAUCUACUUCUCGUGCAUUGUGCACUGCGAUGACAAGGUGCUGGUCACCAGCGAGGACUUUCCGCCUGUCAUUGAGAUCGAUGAAUCAUAUCCGAGUGCAUUGCACAUGGACUACUAUUGGCUAAUGAAGGUCGCCUGCACUUGGGAAGAUGUGAAAUCGUUGCGCACGGACAUGGAACGGAAUCUAACCUCGCCGGUACACUUUCGCACCAAACUUCUUUCGGCCGUCUGCCAGAUGCAGUCGGCGCUGGGCAUCAACGAUCUUGGCCAGCUGUAUUAUAAACCACUCCGAGAUGCACAGGGCACCGUGGUGCUCACCUGCAUUCAGUCGGUGAAGAGCCAGAAGGCUGUCUCCAUCAUCAACUCACGCUGGCUGCCGGUCAGCAAGCUCCAAAAGAAGCUGGGUGCCCUGCACGAGGAUUACACCAUCAACGAGCUGCUCAUCUCGAGCAUUGGCGAACAGCUGCACUAUCAGCAGGCAGCGCUCCAGCGUCUAGAGCCGGGUCUCUAUUUGGGCUAUCUGAAGAUGCAGUGCUCCAUGGAUCAGAUACAGGUGGUCGUGCCGGUGAAGACACCCAAUGUGCUUCCCCACUGUAAGGUGCGCGAAAACAGCCACAUUACGGCCGAGGAGUGGCAGGUGCUGCAUCGCACCGAAAACAAUCCGCUGCGCCUGCCGCUCGACUUCAGUACACCAGGCGAUGGCAAUGGCAACAGUCCGGCAACCGAGGUACAGCGUCUUUUCCUACACGAUCUCAGCAAUGCGAUGCACAAGCUGUUGGCCAGCAUGAGCAUUAAGGCAACGGAUGCGGCCACGCAUCGCCUCUACGAUGUGGAGGUCAUAGAGCAUAGUCGCGAUAUUAGCUUUCUAAUUGUUUGCCCUUCGGUGGAGUCAUCAUGUGCCGUGCCCGGCCAGUCCGAGCUGCUGCUGCAGCGCGACGAUCUGGUCAGCCUGAGCAUACAGGCCUUCGAGAUGAUCCAUCUGCGCACCUAUCAGCCGGCCAUUGUGCAGAAAUAUGCACGACUCUCCUGCAUCCUGGAACUGGACACGGCGCUGGCCACGCACUCGCAUCGCGAGGCCUUUUCUAGCAGCGAACUUCAAGCUGCCAAGGAGCGUCUGGCCACAUUGCAGGAGCUGAGCACCAAUCUGACGAUGGUGUGGAAGAGCGUUCGCUGGCUGAUGGAUGUGGUGGCCUAUGCGCGCAAUAAGCAUGCCCAGCCGGCGCUGGCCAUGCGCGAAAUACUCGACUUUGCCCAGCUACGACACGAGGAAGGCGACGGCAAGCAGCUGCUGCAGCUACCGCUGCGCGAGACCAGGUUCAGCAAGACAGGUCGCGGCAGCUGGCCGGGUCCGGGUUCCAAUGAGGAUUCUAACAGGCAGAACAAGCCGGAACACUCCAAAUCUGAAACGAAUUUGGGUCAGAGCGCCCAAACGCCGUCAGCGCAGGCCACCCUUCAAGACGAACGUGACAAGCAGCCGCAGCAGCAGCAACAACAACCACAGCAGCAGCUGCUCCAGGUGACGAGCAAUGAGUACGCCGCCUCCACUUGCUCGGAUGUCUCGCUGCGCAAGAACAGCGGCGACUCCGUGAGCUCCGCAUACACUGCGCGCAGCUUUUACUCCGCUGUGGACUCCGCCUCCGAUGGCAGCAGCAGCGUUUUUGCGCUGCCGCCCUCCCGUUCCGAUGACACACUGGCGGAUGCACUGCGUCAUUCGCAGGCAGCAGCCGCCGCGCAGCGCAAACGCACCAGCUCCAACAUUGGGCCCAUUUCCACGCCGCUUAUCACCGUGCACAGCUCCAGCUCGGCUCCUUAUCUGGCCGGCUCCAGUGUCUCGUUGCGCACGGGCAGUGGUGCCUUCGCCACGGAUCUGGAGCACAAGCCGCUGAAGCCUGCCGCGGAGUACAGGGUGAAGGCUGCCUCCAGCGCCAAUUUGCGCGAGGGCGGACUUUAUUUGAAGAGCUCACUGUCGGCACUGCAGCCGGAGCUGAGGCCACUGGGCAGUAGCGAAGAGCCCGUGGCCAGCACCUCGAAGGCCUCCUCCACCAAGAGCCUGGCGCAACACAGCAGCGAGGAGGACACGGCCAGCUGUUCUAGCCUCAAUGCCGAGCAGAGCUCGACAGGCGCAGGCAUCAUUCAGGUCUACACCGCCUACAACACGGGCCUGGCCAGCGGCACCAGUCUCAAGCUGCACGUGACGCCCAAGACAACCGCCCGCGAGGUCAUCAACCUGGUCGUCAAACAGCUUAACAUGGCCGCCGUGCUGAAGGGCAGCAAGGGACCCAUCUAUAGCGCCGACAUGCUGGACAACUUUUGCCUCGUCGCCGUCAUUGGUGCCCGGGAGCGUUGUCUGCGCGACGACUUCAAGCCGCUCCAGCUGCAGAGUCCCUGGAAGAAGGGCCGCCUCUAUGUGCGGCAGAAGCACGAGCUGCUGGCGGCCAUCGAGCAUUCCAAUCGCAAAUCCCAUUUGAUUUAAGAGCUGCUGAAACAGCUCAAUUAUGCUGGAGUGCACAGCUAGCAGGGCGGCUAACGAAGUCUCAACUCGGGUUUACAAUUUGGUUUUUUAUAAGCAGCAAGAGGAACAAACGAAAGCAAAUCGAAUUACGCUUCAUGCCGAUGUCUAACGAAUAGAAAAAGACAUUUCCUGAAUAUAUAUUCCUAAACAAUAUUAACAGUCAUGUCGAUAUAGCCAAAUCCUUCUGUCCAUCUGCUUGUUUACAUGCAAACCGUCCUCGCUCUUUAAAGGAAUCAAAACACCAUAUUUUAUAGCUGCCACAGGCAUGAUCAAUCGAGAAUUAAGUUCUAUGCACAAAUUUGUUAUUUUCCGAUACAAAUCUAUGCAUUUAUCAUGCGCUUCUCUAUUCUCCCUCCUUAUCUGGGUUAUUUCAUUUUAAUCUUAAUCAUUGAUUCUUUAAUUUUUUGAUUCUAAAAAUGUUCUUGGUUCUUUGGCAGACGUGAUUUUUAAAUAUUAUGUUUUAUGCGUUCAUCAUUCUGAAGCACAACCUUUAAAAAUACAUCCUUUUGCUUACAUAAUUUGUUUAAGAACGAGCAAAUAUCGAUUCUAAAACUUCUGAACUUGAGAAAUAAACACAAUUCAUAAAUAUUUGCCAAUAGAUAUUCCACUGCCCAUUUCCCCACAUCCCAAAAGAUAUGUUUCUCUUCAAAAAGUUGCAAAGAAUUUUGGAAGCUAGAGUUUGAACCUUUACAAAAGUUCCUCGCUGUAGAAAACCAGGUUAACGAAACGAACCGAAAAGCUGUGAACUGGAACGUGCAGCCCUGAUAGCUGUGAAAUAUUCUAGCAAUCAAAAAUGUACCCUACACACACACACACACACACACACUUAAUUAUUAUUGUUGGCUUCUUAAUUUGGUUUUUGCUUUUUGGGGGGGAGCUCCACUGUGCCCAGCCAAGUUUGACGACCAAAUUCCCAAAUUAGACUGAAUUACUUACAUAUGUAUGUUAGAGGAGGACAAAAGAUGAUGUUAUAUAUGAAAUUGUAAUGAAAUGGUAUUAUAUUUUAAAUAGUUUUAUACACACAGACACAAAAACACACACCAUGCGCAUACAUACAUAUGUAUAUACGGCACAUAAAUUAAUUGUUGUUAGUUGUUUUAGAAGCUGGUUUAAGCGUAAGUGCAACAAAUUACACCAAUAUUAUAAUGCAUGUAGAUUAUAUAUAUAUAU